AUGGCCGGUAUCACAGCGCAGAAUGUUCCAUUGCUAAAUGAAUCUGAUUCUGACAGUGAUGUGGAGACAGGUAGACUUCCAACUUAUGCGCAGGCCGAAACCGGUGCUGGGCUUAAGUUCUUGAUGGGAAAUAAUAGCCAACCUCGGGAUGGAAAAGAAGCGGUUGCCUUAACUGAUGUAAACAUUCGAAUGGGUAAGGUUCUUGUUCAUUUAUCGUACUUUGUUGUUUAGGAUUUUUAAGGAAGGUUCUGGGCAUCUUGAGUUUCCAAUUUGUGGUCACUGUCGUCCUAUGCGGCGCUGUUUAUCUGACUCCAACUGUUCGAGGAUUUGUGCAACAUCAGUAA